UCACUGCAGGCUAAAAUCUACUUUUCUUUUCCUGGAGAGCUGCUGAUGAGGAUGCUGAAGAUGCUCAUCCUUCCUCUCAUCACGUCCAGUUUAAUGUCGGGCUUGUCGUCGAUGGAGUCGAAGGCGUGCUGCCGGAUGGGCGUCCUCACCGUCACCUACUACCUGUGGACCACCUUCAUCGCCGUAGUCGUCGGCAUCGUGCUCGUCAUCAUCAUCAAGCCCGGCGUGGGGACGGAGAUGGAAAGCAACCGGCUGGGCGGUGGGCCUGUCAUGACCUCAGCCGACGCCCUGCUCGACCUCAUCAGAAACAUGGUUCCCUCCAACCUGAUCGAAGCCACGUUUCAGCAGUACAAAACCGACCUGAUUCCCAUCCUCAAAGUCCCGGCCAGAACCAUACAGCCCAACUUCGUCUAUGUUGUCCCAGAUGACAGCGACCUCAAAGGGCAGACGGUGUACCUGGAGCUGACUCCACCCCCAGAGGUCUUGUACAAGACCAGUCCUGGCAGCAGCCAGCAGAUGAACGUACUCGGCAUUGUCAUCUUCUCUGCUACCAUGGGUCUGUUACUGGGCAGGAUGGGAGAACGAGGAGCUCCGCUGGUCAACGUCUGUCAGUGUAUCAACGAGUGUGUGAUGAAGAUCAUCAACGCUGCUGUGUGGUAUUUCCCAUUUGGCAUCAUAUUCCUGGUGGCGGGGAAGAUCCUGGACAUGCAGGACCCGAGCACGCUGGGAAAGAAGCUGGGCUGGUACGGCAUCACUGUGCUCGCCGGCCUCUUCGUCCACGGACUCGUCCUCCUCCCUCUCUUCUACUUCAUCCUCACCAGAAAGAACCCAUUCAGCUACAUCCGUGGGCUGCUGCAGGCCAUGGUGAUCGCCCUGGCCACCUCGUCCAGCUCAGCCACACUACCCAUCACCAUGAAGUGUUUGUUGGAGAACUGCCAUGUGGAUCGGCAGAUCGCUCGCUUCGUCCUCCCGGUAGGAGCCACCAUCAACAUGGAUGGCACGGCGCUGUACGAGGCUGUGGCGGCCAUCUUUAUUGCUCAGGUCAAUGACUACGAGCUGGACUUUGGCCAGUUAGUUACCAUCAGCAUCACAGCCACAGCUGCCAGUAUCGGUGCAGCCGGGAUCCCUCAGGCCGGUCUGGUUACCAUGGUGAUUGUACUCACAUCAGUGGGCCUGCCUCCAGACGACAUCACACUUAUCGUGGCCAUCGACUGGAUCCUCGACCGGUUUCGGACCAUGAUCAACGUCCUGGGUGAUGCCCUGGCAGCAGGAAUCAUUGCCCACCUCUGUCGGAAAGACUUCCCUCUUAGUGGAGUAGGAAAGUCCGUGCCCUCCUAUGGGACGCAGACUCCUCACAACAACUCCCACAGCGUUGAUGUGCCAAUGACGGAGAUCCACACCCACAAAGACUGCAUGUUUGAGACAAUGGGCGACUCGGCGGGCCAGAAAAACGCACACACCGUCUACUACAACAUCUGUCAGGUGUGA